AUGUCUUCUAGGAUGUGGAAGUUCAUUUCAAAUACAAUUGGGAAAUUACAAAGUCCUAGACCUUCACAGCAAGAUGAGAAUGUAGCAGAUUCUUCAUCCCUGCACCAGACCGACUACCCUGCCGAUACCCCGACACGUCACGGCAACAGCAACAGCAACAAAGUAGGAGAACAACUUGUGGACAACAUAUCGCAUUCAGAGCAGGAUGAUUCUAUUCUGAAUACACUCCUGAACAAGAAGGGCAGCAACGUCAGAGAGCAACUGGAGGAAGCGAGCAAGGAGACCAAGAAAAAUGAACCACAGGAGGAUGUACAGGAAGAUGUCACGGCAAGCAAUACAAGUGAUUAUGACUCAGGAAAGGCCCCAAAGUCGACAAAGAAGUCCCCAAGCGAUGGAUCAUUCGCGAUUCCACCUCCAAGAUACGGUCGUAAUAAAGAAAAUGGGCUUGCAGAGACAGCAGAGCCAUUGGCGCAUACCGAGCUUCCUGUCGACAACACUUUGAAUACCCGCAAAACAAGGGGACGAGACCGACCUGCAAAGACUGUCCAAACAGUGGUGUAUGAUGAAGCUCCUUCUUCCAUUUCAGACGGAAUAAAUAGUGGCUUGGAAGAAAAGGACAUCGCAGAAGUGGUAGAGCCAUUGGCGCAUAUUGAACCUACGGUCGACAACUCUUUGAACACUCGCAAAACAAGAACACGAAGCAGACCUGCAAAGAAAGCGGAAACAGUGGUACAUGAUGAAGCUCCCUCUUACACUACAAAUGGAACAAGUGAUAGCUUGCAAGGAGAGAACAGUCCAGUAGCAGAGCCAUUGGAAAUUACUGAGCCUCCGGUCGACAAUUCUUUGAACACUCGCACAACGAGGGGACGAGGCAGACCUGCAAAGGUAGUAGUACACGAUGCAACCACUUCUCAUAUUUCACAUGAAGAGAUUAGCAUCUUAGAAGAGGAGAACAUUACGGAAGUGAAAGAGUCAUCGGUUCGAGAUGAGAACCUAAUUGAUAUACCCGAGACCAACCACAAAACAAUGGCACGAGGCAGACCUGCAAAGACGGUAGUAUAUGAUGAAACUCUUUCUCAUAUUCCGCAUGGGGAAAAUAGCAGCUUAACAGAAGAGAAAAUUUCGGAAGUGGCAGUGUCUUCGGUUCACGAUGAGAAUCCAAUCGCUAUUCCCGAGAGCAAUCACAACAACAACACGACAAGAAGAAUAUUUCCAAAAGUUGAAGAUCCAAUAAAUACACCCGAACCUUUCGUUGAUACGCCUGCAACUGACAACAAACGCCGACGCGAUGUCUUAGAAUCAUCUACUGGAAUUGAAGGGCUCGAGAUCAAUUCUCCUGCUAGCGCCUCUAACAAACGAAGAAAACUUGCUCCAAAACCUGACGGAAUGGAUACCCCACCUGUAGGAAAUACCCAGCAGGCAAGAGAUGAACGUAGAAAAUACAUGGACCGAGAAAGACAACGAAGAUGCAGACAACGAAAGAAGGAGAGACAACAAGGGGAGCAAGCAGCCGAAAGAGAGGUUGUGGCCCAGGCCAAAGAUGAAAGAAAGAAAGCUAUGGCUAGAGAACGAGUUCGACGACAUAGAGAGAAUCAAAGAUCGAAGCGAGAUUCCAAUAUGGAGCCAAACAUGGGAGACAGACAACAAUUAAAGGAAGAUGCUAGACAGCGGGAUAGGGACUUGAUUGCAUCGGGUGCUCGAAAUGUUGUUGAAAAAGAGACCUUCAACACCGAAUGA